UGGGAGUUGAGUUUAUAGUGUAUGUAGGCGUCGUCUCUGUUGCUGCACUAUUUAAAUGCGAACAGGGACUUGAAUCCGUUCAGACCUGUCUGUGGAACUGCAUCAGCAUUUGUACAAACAAAUCAGCUUUAUUUUUAACAUUUUUUUUUGGUUUGAGAUUCACUUAAGAUGAAGAUGCGUCUGUUUGUUGCCUCAAUACUGCUGCUGUUUGGUUUUCCAUUCAUCAUGACUAAAGUUGUAGAUUCAUUCAGCACAUGCAGUGAGUUUUUUUUAAAAGGACAACCACCAACGAUUAAAGGCAUUCUGGAGAAUUCAGUCUCACAGGAUAACAAUCAGUACAAGAUAAUCUGUCAAAAAUAUAAGAACGCUUACAGAUUUGCAAAUUUCUACAACACAGCAAAUAAGAUCCCAGUUUUCUCUGCUUACAAGUAUACUGGGAGUGCUACAGGGAGACCACAUCUCCCAUGGAUGAUUGAGCCGCAGCUUGAAACUUCAGGUGAUGAAAUGCGUGAACCAUGUGUCAAUCAGGCUUCCCCAGGAGACUACUGGACACAGAAAGUGUUGAAUCGUGGUCACUUAUUUCCCAACGCUCAUGCAGCUGAUGAAGACACUGCUGAAUCUACAUUCACGCUGACCAAUACUGUGCCGCAGGAUGAGACAUUUAACAGUGGUAGCUGGCUCAAAAUGGAGGAAAAUGUUAGAGCUUACAUGGAUUCUCACUGCCGUGACAAAGACAACGCUGCGAACACCUUGGCGUACGUGUUGACAGGAGCUGUGCCGGGUGGAAGUGCACCCUUAAAUAAGCGAGUAAACGUUCCCUCACACAUGUGGACAGCGUUCUGCUGCUAUAACAGUGUGAGCAAGAAAUGGGAGUCUCAAGCUCACUGGGCUGAAAACAAAGAUGAGAGCAAAGAUAAAGAUAAGACUAUCAGUACAAAAACACUGGAGAAAUUACAGGAGUUUCUCCAGAAAAAAUAUAACACAGAAUACAAACUGUUCAUCAAUGACUGUUCAGACAUUAAAUAAGUGAAAUCCAUACUACUGUUCAUAUACUGAACAAGGUGAACAAAAAUCAUGAUAGUCCUUAAUUCAUUUGUUUCCAGCUUUAGUCUGAACCUGCUUUUAUGGAGUAAAUUCUUAUGAGUACAAAUUUAUGUUAUAAACUGUCCGUGUUAUUUCUUUGACGGCUAUGUAAAGUAAAACCAAACAAAUAAACACUUCCAAAUCAUGCAAAA